AUGGAACCCGAACCGACGUCGCCAAAGACCUUCACCGGUAAGGGAAGCUUGCUGCUUUUCCUCAAGACCUCCGAAGGGCUUCUUGCACAGCAGCGCUGCGUCAAUUGGCUUGGCCAAAAAUUCCCAACCGUGCCUGGACAUCCCCGAAGGUCUUUUCUGUACCCCCCUAAGAUGACACUUGAACGCUUUCCAUCAGGAGAUAUCCUAUCCCCAUCCGAUAUCUCCCAACUUGGUCGACAUGGAUAUGUGGUCGGCAAGAAAAUUGCCAAUUCUUGGGCACCGUUUAUUCAUGACUUUGUAUUUCGAGGAUUAGACCUACCUUGGGGCCAAGUUCGACUGGAAUUGGAUGACAUGGGAGAGUUCAUGAAGCUGGUCCACCACCCAGAAUUCUUUGGUAAACGAGAUCCUCAAUCCAGAAACUUUGGAAAAUUCCUCACUGACUCAAAGUGUGAAGGCGCGGCUAUCACAAUGCCAAACAACGUGGCAAUCUUACCCUACCUCGAUGAGAUGACGGACGAAUGCCGAGACAUUGGCGCUUGCAACACUGUUUACUUCCGACAAGACUAA